AUGUCAGAUCUCGAAAAAAAAAGUAUUUGCCAUGUUGACGGUAAUGUCGCUACCUGUGAGUGUCCGCCAGGGUUCACUGGUGAAAACUGCUCCGAACAAAACGUAACCACUUCUUCAUCGUGUGCUACAAAUCCAUGCCAAAAUGGUGGUACCUGUCAAGCUAUAGGAGACCCGUUGGAGGACGGAUUUCUAUGCAGCUGUCGGGUUGGAUUUGAAGGAAACCUGUGUGAACAUGUGACCACCGAAUGGCAAUCUUCUGUGGAGGAGGUAACUCUACUGUCAACGGCCUCAUUAGCCGUCUCGCCAACGACGACAAUCCCAACUACAUCGGCCAGGUAUUCACCACAG